GAAAGGGGGGGGGGGACUGUGCGGUAGACACGCAGCCUCCGCCCCGCCGUCGUCCAAGAGCGCGGGAAGAGAGACGCCGCCGCCGUGAGGAGGAGAAGGAAGAGGCGGCGGCGGCGGCGGCGGAGGCGGCGCUGUCAUCUCCCCAUCUGUCCCUUUUUCCCGGCGGCUGGGAGGGGAGGGGAGGGAGGAGAGGCGGUUAAGCGGGAGAGAGAGAGAGAGGCAGGCGAGGCGAGGCGGCCUCAGGACGUGUCUGUCGGUAGCCUUUCUGGCUGCUCUGCUAUGGCUGCAGCAGUAACGGCGGCGGCGGCGGCGGCCGGGAGAGGGGGAGCAGGUGGAGAGUUGAGAGACUGCAGUGAAGCUACCCUGGAGACAUGGCGGACCAAUGCCUCUGAAUAAGCAAAAAAAAAAAAAAAGGAAGGGAAAAAAGGGGGGUUAAAAUAAACAAAUAAAUCCCCCUCUGCCUCCCUCUCCCUUCUCCUCCUCGGUCUCCAGGGCCAGUUAUGAUGCCGGGUUGAGGUAGCAAAACGAAGCCGAGGAGCCGAAGGACAAAUGGUGCAGCAGCCUCGGGGGGGCUUUGAAUUCCUCCUUUCCGCUCCUUCAUGGUGCGCCGCAUCCCCUCCCUUAGCCUUAAGCCGAUGUAGCUGGCUGCUUCUCAGGAGGAGCCUCCCGGGGAGAAUCGCCGGCUGCCCUGUGCCUCCUGCAUCUUUCCAUCCCUCCAUCUGUCCGCCCGCCCCUCCUCCUCCUCCUCCCUUUCCCCUUGCAUCUCACUCUCGCCAUCCAUCCUUCUCUUUGCCUCCCCCACCCUUCCAACCUCCAAGGCUAUGGCUGCGGAAGAGGUGUUGGAGACGGUGGAUCACUACAAGUCCGAGAUCGAGAGGCUGACCAAAGAGCUCACGGAAACAACCCACGAGAAGAUCCAGGCUGCGGAAUAUGGGCUGGUGGUCUUGGAAGAAAAACUCACCCUCAAGCAGCAAUAUGAUGAGCUGGAAGCGGAAUAUGAUGUCCUUAAGCAGGAGCUGGAGCAGCUGAGAGAGGCAUUUGGACAGUCAUUCUCCGUACACCGCAAAGUAGCUGAAGAUGGUGAGACACGUGAGGAGACACUCCUCCAGGAGUCUGCAUCCAAGGAAGCCUAUUACCUAGGGAAGAUUUUGGAAAUGCAGAAUGAAUUGAAACAAAGUAGGGCUGUUGUUACCAACGUUCAGGCAGAGAAUGAACGACUGACGGCGAUUGUGCACGACUUAAAAGAGAGCAAUGAAAUGGCAGAGCUGCAGAGAAUUCGGAUGAAAGAUGAGAUAAGAGAAUACAAGUUCAGAGAGGCAAGACUCCUUCAGGACUAUACAGAACUUGAAGAAGAAAACAUUACAUUGCAAAAGUUGGUUUCCACGCUGAAACAGAACCAGGUUGAAUAUGAAGGCCUGAAACACGAGAUAAAACGAUUUGAGGAAGAAACUGUAUUGCUUAAUAGCCAGCUAGAAGAUGCCAUCCGGUUAAAGGAGAUUGCGGAGCAUCAGCUAGAGGAAGCCCUGGAGACGUUAAAGAAUGAGAGAGAGCAAAAGAACAAUCUGAGGAAGGAACUCUCCCAGUAUAUCAAUCUAAAUGAUAGCAUGUAUAAUAACCAUAUUAAUAUCUCGGUAGAUGGAUUAAAGUUUGGAGAGGAUGGGAACGAACCUAAUAAUGAUGACAAAAUGAAUGGACACAUUCAUGGACCCCACAUGAAAAUGAAUGGUGACUUUCGGACUCCCACAGUUAGGAAAGCAGAAUCACUGCACCCAGUCUCAGAUCUCUUCAGUGAGCUCAACAUCUCUGAAAUGCAAAAACUGAAACAGCAGCUCAUGCAGGUGGAGCGCGAGAAAGCUAUUCUCCUGGCUAAUCUUCAGGAGUCACAGACCCAGCUGGAACACACAAAGGGGGCACUUACUGAGCAACAUGAACGGGUCCACAGGCUCACUGAGCAUGUCAACGCUAUGAGGGGUUUACAAAGCAACAAAGAAUUGAAGGAGUUAGAUUUUGAGAAAGGCCGGGAUUCUGGGGAAGAAACCCAUGACUAUGAAGUGGACAUCAAUGGCUUGGAGAUUCUAGAGUGCAAAUACAAAGUAGCUGUCACGGAGGUGAUUGACCUCAAAGCUGAAAUAAAGGCCUUGAAGGAGAAAUACAAUAAAUGUGUUGAAAACUACACCGAAGAAAAGGCGAAGUAUGAGAGCAGGAUCCAGAUAUAUGAUGAGCAGGUGACAAACCUGGAAAAGUCAACUAAGGAUAGCCACGAGAAAAUGAUGCAGAUGGAAAAAGACUUGCAAAGAAUUACAGGUGUUGCAAAUGAGAACCACAAUACACUCAACACAGCCCAGGAUGAGCUGGUGACUUUCAGUGAGGAGCUGGCUCAGCUCUAUCACCAUGUGUGUUUGUGUAACAACGAAACUCCUAAUAGGGUUAUGCUAGAUUAUUACAGGCAAAGCAGAGUUACUAGAAGUGGGAGCCUCAAGGGACCUGAUGACCCAAGGGGGCUUCUGUCCCCACGGCUGGCUAGGAGAGGGAUGGCAUCUCCAAUAGAAGUGAGGACACCGACUGAGCAGAUUUCAAGGGAGAGUGCAGAAGCCAACAAAGAGCAAAGUCCAACAAAGACACCCACAAUUUCUCCAGUCAUCACAGCCCCCCCUUCCUCCCCAGUUUCCGACACUAGUGACAUUCGCAAAGAACCGAUGAAUAUUUACAACCUGAAUGCCAUAAUAAGGGACCAAAUCAAGCACUUGCAGAAGGCUGUAGAUCGGUCGCUGCAGCUGUCCCGGCAGCGUGCAGCAGCCCGUGAACUAGUACCUAUGAUCGAUAAGGACAAGGAGGCCUUAAUGGAAGAAAUACUGAAAUUGAAGUCCCUGCUGAGUACGAAACGAGAGCAGAUAGCGACCCUAAGGGCUGUGUUGAAAGCCAACAAGCAGACAGCUGAAGUGGCCCUGGCUAAUCUGAAGAAUAAGUAUGAGAAUGAGAAAGCCAUGGUGACAGAAACCAUGACUAAACUACGUAAUGAGUUAAAGGCUUUGAAAGAAGAUGCAGCAACCUUCUCAUCCUUGAGAGCCAUGUUCGCAACCAGGUGUGAUGAAUACGUAACACAGUUGGAUGAGAUGCAGAGGCAAUUGGCAGCUGCAGAGGAUGAGAAGAAGACCUUAAACUCUUUGCUGCGGAUGGCUAUCCAGCAAAAGCUCGCCCUCACCCAGCGUCUGGAAGACUUAGAGUUUGAUCACGAGCAGUCCCGGCGGAGCAAAGGCAAACUUGGAAAGAGCAAGAUCGGCAGCCCUAAAGUAAGUGAGGAGGCAUCAGCCACCGUGCCAACCAUAGACACUUUCCUCCUGCAUAGUCAGGGCCCACAGCAACCAAACAUACUGGUCAGCAGUGGCACUCAGAGGAAAAGACUAUUCUCACCUUCCCCUUGUGAUCAGAGCCAUCCCAGGACUUCAGGGACCCACCUACUGCCUUUAUUAAGAACCCCCCCUGAUCACACCUCCACAGAAUCAUUUCUUCUGAGGGGCCCCCCUUCCAUGGCCUCCAUGAAUGAAUUCUUCUAUGGGCACCGUCUCAGCAAGGAAAAAAGGUUAACCGUGGCCAUCCCAGUUCUGGCACCAGUGGAACGUUGCAAAAGGCAGGACAUCCCUCAUGAGGAGCACUUGAGAGGAAUUUUCAUGGAUUUUGCAUCUAGGCCCAGUACAUGUUACCAAAUACAAGAUUGUCAGCAGCCUGCUGCCUCCAUACCGCCACACGGCUCACAACUAGCCAGGAGGCAAGACUGCCAGACUGUCAGUCCUGAUGUAGCUCUUCCAGAAGAACAGCCACAUUCCAGCUCUCAGUGUGCUCCCAUCAGCUGUCUACCUAAGCCUCCUCCUUAAGCCUAAUCUUCAUAUGCAACCUAAGAGUCGGGGGGGCGGGGAAGCCCCCACAAAGAAACUGAGUCGGGGUUCUCACAGCAAAGGUACAGUUUGCGCCGAAGGAACCAUUAGGCAUUGCUGCCUUUUUGCUGCAUUGAUGAGUCCGGACACAUAUCUAUGGUCUUAAAACAACUGAGGAUGUAUGGAAGAGCACAAAGUACAGUGCCCGAACUGUUCAAGAAGAUCAUUUAAGGUUCCUCUGGUUACAUCCAGAUAAUCACGGCUACAGUUUGGAUGUCAAAACAUGUUUGUCCCAGCCAUUUGGCUUGUACUGCUAAUAUCCUGGGAAGUUAAAACUACUGAAACAAAACAAAGAAAAUGUGUUACAAAACCUGAUUUUGACAGUUGAGCCACAGCCACAACUCUAGUUUUUCUUUAUGUGGAUUAAAGGGUGUUAAAUAUCUUUGUUUUCAUUUUAUCAUAUUUGCACCAUGAGUUUAUUAGAAAUACAGUCCAUGCCGUGUGAAUGUUUUUCUUCUGGGUUGUUUUUGUUUUUUUUAAGUGACGCAGAAAUAGUUUACCUAGGGUUUUUGUUUUGUAACUGAGGAUUGUUCACUCGGCCAAAGUGUGUGGCCUGGUGUUCUCUUUUUCUUAAUUGCACAAAAAAUGUUGAAAGUGUGUUGAAUUGGAAUGUGAACUUUGGGGGCAUUGCAGAAAAAGCUGGAUGUGCCUAAAUCCCGUUGAAAUAAAUAGGCACACGGUGAAGCACUUGAAACCCACCAACAUCAACAGAAUUCAGGCACGUCUAACUUUUCCUGUAUUGUGCCCAUUGACUUGUACUUUUCUGCUGCACUGGUAUUGUUUACGCACUUAUUUUAUAACUAAUAUGAUAUUAGCUGCUGGUUGUUGUUUUAAUAUUUCACUAGGAUCUGAUUAAGCCGAAAAUGGGUUUUAGUGAACAGUGCAUUUAAUAAUUGUUUCCCUGUGGUUAACUUUUGUGUUUUGGGGAGGUGCUUGUUUUGUUUUAGGGACUUCCCUCCCUCCUUUUUUGCAUUUCAGAUAAGCUGAUGACUUGGUGCUGCUCAUUUUUCUGUUUGGUAUCUGGACAAAAAAAAAAAGGAAAUGAACUUGAAGUAAACAUGCUGUGUUAUAUUAUAACUGAAAUGUUCAGGAUGUUCUUCACUUGCUGCUCCCAAGUUCAGUGUUAACCAGGUUAAAGCCUUCCCUUGGCAAAAGAAAGUCAAGGAAAAAAGAAGAGGUAACUAAAUGUAACAAAAAAUAGUACAUUUCCAGCUGCACUGGGUGGUGAAUUUAGCUGUGCAGGUGGGAUUGAUGUCUUGGACUGAAGAUAAUUGUUUUAAAUUAUUGCUCUAGUGCAUUUUUUUUCCUUGCCAAAACCCCCAGCUACUAUAAAGAUCUAUCUCAUUGUCAGUUUGAUGACAAAUACUCAGGUGACACACAGGAAGCAGAUUCUGUUCCUGCACUGCACAGCGUUCCCACUCUUAAGAAUCUCUCCUUUAACAAAUGUUUUGAGGAGCAGUGAGUAUAGAAGAAAACCAAGAAUAUUCAGAUUUAUUUUGCACAUUGCCUGGCAGCGAGUCAGACUGCUGACGAGGCUUAGAGUCAUCACUUUUAUCCGUCUGUUGCAUUCCCCAGAUACAAUUCUACCCAUCCGUGCUAAUUAGCAGAAUUCUUGCUCUCAAACAGGUAGCCUUAAUACAUUUUAAAUAAGGCCUGGGUAGAUUCAUGUCUCUUUGUCUUUCCUACUUGUGCAGUGUUCAUAUGAUCCACAAGGCAGAAAUGUGAAGAUGUCCUGAACCAUGCAGCAGCCUUGACAUAAAUCAAAGGCAGCUGGGAUAAUUUGGCCUAAGCCAUCUGAAUUUGAGAGAAAGAAGAUGAUGCAUUCAUUACCAAAAAGAAAAAUAAAGGGAGGACUUUGAGCCAAGGGUAGUCUAGAUGGCCAAUCAUUGUGCCUAACAAUCAUUACAAAACCAGUAACCAAGGUGCUAAAAAACAGAAUAGUCCUAAACAGCAAUUCCUGUAAUAGAAUCACAACAGAACAGCUGAGCUUUUGUAAUGGAUUAGAGAUUCAGAGUCAGAGCUAAAAAGUAAUUUAGCAGUGGAAUCUACAAGCCACUUGAAAGCAACAUAUUUUGAUCCUUAAGGGCAAAUAUGUGGUACUUUGGGGACUUAAUUAAACAGCAAUGCAUUGGCUUUAAAUGGCUUGUGACUGAUAGUCAAACUUGUAUGUAAGUCUGCUGUUAGAAACCUAACAGUGCUUUGUACUCAUUUAUCCUUUUUGUUUCCAUGUUCCUUAUCUUGUGAUAUGUUUAACAUUUUAAUGCUGUAUCUUAUCCUCAUAUUCUUAUGUAACAAGUGGAUGUCUUCAAUUCUUUCAUGUAAACAGCAUCUAGGGCUGCCACCUCUAGCUUUAGAUGGGGUUCUUUCAUCAAAUAAAAUUUAAAAACCUAAUAAGUGGGGUGAAGGGAAACAAGGAGCCUUGUGACAACUUAAGAGACCCAACACAUUUAUUUUGGUGAAAGCUUACACCAAAUGUUGCACCACAAUGAACGUGCUUGCCUUUAAGGUUCUAUUCGACUUUCUGUUGUUUUGCUGCAACAUGGACUUAACACAGCUAACCUUCUUAAAGCUAUUGCAUAGGGGUCUGUGAUUAAACUAAGUACCUACUAGUCUACUGACACGGGAAUCCCGUUGAGGGGUAGAGGUGGCAACCUUGUUGGCAUAAUUUUGGCAAACACUGAAAUGAGCCCUUACGUGGAGUUUGUUUUGUUUUUAAAUUGGGUAUGAUCUACUCUAAAUUAUGCAUGAUGAUUUCAGACAGAAAGAGAGAGCUAAGCACAUGCUUAAAUCUCAUUCACUGAAAUCGAUACGCCUUAAAAAUGCUUAAAAUUGGUUGGAACAUGCUCUUUAUAUCUAAUUUAUUAUAUUAAGGAUAUGUUUCAGCUAGGCCAAUGUACCCCUCAGAAUCCUGGGGCUUGUUCAUUUCCGCACGUUUCAGAUAUGAAAACAUGAGCGUUGCUGCUUAAGCAGCACUACUGCAACUGCCUCUUAUUCUUACCAAACAUCUUUUAGAACUGCAAAGAUAUUCUUAUUAAAAUUAUUCCAAUGAAGUACAUUAAUGGCUGCAAUCCUAUGCAUACUUACCAGGAAAUAAACCCUAUUGAACAAAGAGAGACUUGAAAGUAAAAAAUGCGUAGGACUGCACUGUUAAGCUUCUGCCCUAAGCACAUUUGCUCUGACCUAAGUUCCACUGAACUCCAGGGAACAUACUUCCAAGUAAUUGUGUUGAGAAUUUCAGUUUUUCUUUCUAAUAUAUAUUGCAGUUGGGGGUAGGGAGGUUAUUCUUUUGAAAUGUUUGUUUCCAGAGCAUUCAAAGUACUGAAAAUUAUAAUUUUGGGUCGUAUCGAAUAAUUAUAUUUGGAGAGUUUUAGGGAAAGAAUUAAAAAUUGAAUGCAAACAUAAUAGAGCUCCAAUGCAGAGAUGGUCAUGAGUACCCCGCAAAGCGAUGAGGUUACACGUUCCUAUCUAUAUCAGAAGAUGAGAAUGCACUUGUUCACCCACACUGUGCAGAUGCAAAUGAGAGGUGGGGGAUUUGCUAUGGAUUUGCACCCACCUCCAUACAUGUACCCUGUUUUAUCUGGACAUGAAAAUAUCCAGUGUUGACCUUCAUUCAUGGAAGGCAUAUAUACAGACCUGCACUUUCCUCUCUUUGUGCAGUGCAGGUUAGUAUGCACCACACGUUUCUGGAUGUAGGAAGGCUGCUGCAUUAUGCCUGCAGUAAUGGCUGGGUCAUAAUUAUGUCAAGAUUAAUUACUAGAAACUCAAGAUCUGAGUGCAAAAAUGGUAGAAUACCUACCAAUAGUUCUCAGAAGGCCCCCUCAAAGCUAUAUAUAACCCAAAGGGUAAGGUUUAGUCACGAGAACCUACAAGUCUACGAGUGGAGUGGUUUCAAAACAAGUCAACACUUUGCUAACAAAACUUGCUUACCUGGAUAUUACUGGUAUUAGUAACGUUGGACCUUAAACUUAACUAUGGCAGAGGAGUGGGACAAAAAAUAACUAUUGAGUAAUCCUGUACUACUGAAGCCAGAAAGGGUUCAACCUGGUAUCUAAUUCAACGAGAUUACAAAUGAUCUCUUUCUUUGUUGAUUCUUUUCAUCUGGUGACUGUUUGACUUUAAAUUAUGUUAUUUCCUUUGUUUAUAAAGGUGUCCUUUAUUUCAAAAUUCCAGGUACUAAGGUACGUUAGAAUCCAGGUACAUUAGAAGCACAGCCAUUUCCUUAUUUAUUUCUUGCUUUAAAAAUAGACUUUUUUCUUCCUUCAAGGUUUCUUUCAGUUGUUCAUUUCUAUACCUAAAAGGGACAUAUAGUAAUCAGAUUUUUUAUUCCAUAUAUUUAAUUUUUUUGGUUCAUAUUCUGCAUAAAAGAAAAAAAAAGAAAAGCAAUUAAUUGCAUUCAGCCUUAAGGCAGAAAUGCAUCUAAAUAUGCAAUAUAUUUAAAAGCUUGCAUGAUGUGAUUUCAUGUACCCUUUCCCAUAACCCUGAUGAUGAAGCUGAAUAAUUCUUAUUUCAUGAGAUAGUCUUUCCCGCUUACUGCAUAUUGGAAAUGCACGUCCAAUAUAACUUUCAUCAAGAGACGCACGGCUUAAAUCCUCAUUGCAUUUUAAUCUCUCCCCCGCAGAGCUCUUGAUAAUCCCCUCUAUUAAAUCUGAAGGUAACAAAGUGAUAAAUUGACAAGACACAAAGGAAAAAAUAUGUUGCUGCGAGUGGAGAUAAUUUGCUGUCAGACUCUGGAGGGAUGGGGGCCUUGUGUUUCAAUUAGUGUCUUGAUAUGAAGGUACAUGUGCUGCUCAUUAUUAUUAUGCACUGAUUGUUUUGAUUUUUUGCAGCAUAAACAGAUUUUGUUUUUAUUGCAACUUUGACUUUAUUAUUAUAUCUGUUUUGGAGAUUUGUCAGAAGUGUUUGGUACAAAUGUUAGGUGAAUCUUGCUAACCAGCUCUGGAGGGUGGGGAGAGAAAGAAGAGUAAUCUAGCUUUGAAAACUUAUUUUUUCAGGGGUAUGGCUUUGUGCACCAUAUCUUUGAAUUAGACCUAAGUACACCUCACUAGUUAUAGACCUAGUGCUUCAAACCCUGUGGUUUGACUGUUAAAGAGUUGAUUAAAUCAAUCCUUUAUAAGUAAAGAGAGAGAGAGAACUUUAAAAUCCUGAUGUUUUGUGAUUUUGUAAUCUAUGAAUGUUCCCCUUUGCAUGAAUAUCCUUAUCUAAUUAACCACACGAAAGGACAUACUGUGUUAUACUGUAUUCCAAAUGGUUUUAAAUAAUGGUGCAGUUUGCAUUAAAAUACAAUUUGUAUACUGCUGUAAAAGUCGGCUGUUCCUAAACUAAAUUGAAAUUCUGUUGUAAAGCCUUUUUGAGGUUGAAUGGAGUAUUUCUAGAUGGUGGAGGAUACAGAUAGAUGUGCUAAUUGACUUAAAGGUUGAAUGUCAGAAACUUUUAUUGUGUUGCAAUUCUGAUUUUAAGACAAGAAUAUUGACCAAUUCUGGAUUCCAAAACAACUCGUUUUGAAGGCUUUGAAUUAUUGCCAUGUCAAACUCUCUCCCAUCCCAGUCUUGAAACUGUAGACAAAUCCUAGAUACAUUGCUUUGUGAGGGAAUCAUGUGCUUGUACAUGUGUGGUAUUAUCAUGCGGGUUGAACGGUUGGGAAAAUAAGACGCUCCAGAACUGAAGAAACUAAAUUAGAAGCUAAUAUACUGAUUCUUAUAUCAUUAUGUUCCGAUUAAAAUUAUGGUGUAAUGCAUAACUAUCCCAGUAAAUAAACUGGCCAUUUUUUGUUCCUUGAA